GCCCUGCGAUCGCGCUAUGGGUGACAGUGAUGACGAAUAUGAUCGAAGGCGCCGGGAUAAGUUUCGAAGAGAGCGCAGCGACUACGAUCGGUCUCGGGAACGAGAUGAGAGACGUCGUGGGGACGAUUGGAAUGACCGAGAGUGGGACCGGGGCCGGGAGCGCCGUAGUCGGGGUGAAUACCGUGACUAUGACCGGAAUCGACGGGAACGCUUCUCACCUCCCCGCCAUGAGCUCAGCCCCCCACAGAAACGCAUGCGGAGAGACUGGGAUGAGCACAGUUCUGACCCAUACCACAGUGGCUAUGAGAUGCCCUAUGCUGGGGGGGGUGGGGGCCCAACUUAUGGCCCCCCUCAGCCCUGGGGCCACCCAGACGUCCACAUCAUGCAGCAUCAUGUACUGCCUAUCCAGGCCAGGCUGGGCAGCAUUGCGGAGAUCGACUUGGGCGUGCCACCACCAGUCAUGAAGACCUUCAAGGAGUUUCUCCUGUCACUGGAUGACUCUGUGGACGAGACAGAGGCAGUUAAGCGCUAUAACGACUACAAACUGGAUUUUCGAAGGCAGCAGAUGCAGGAUUUCUUCCUGGCUCAUAAAGAUGAGGAGUGGUUUCGGUCUAAGUACCACCCAGAUGAGGUGGGGAAGAGGCGGCAGGAGGCCCGAGGGGCCCUACAAAAUAGACUGAGGGUAUUUCUGUCUCUCAUGGAAAGUGGUUGGUUUGAUAAUCUUCUCCUGGACAUAGACAAAGCCGAUGCCAUUGUCAAAAUGCUGGAUGCAGCUGUGAUUAAGAUGGAAGGAGGCACAGAGAAUGACCUACGCAUUCUGGAGCAGGAAGAAGAAGAGGAACAAGCGGGAAAGCCUGGGGAACCAGGCAAGAAGGAGGAAGGCCGAACUGGACCUGGGCUUGGAGAUGGAGAGCGCAAGGCCAACGAUAAGGACGACAAGAAAGAAGAGGGCAAACAGGCUGAGAAUGACGGUUCUAAUGAUGACAAAACUAAGAAGUCUGAAGGUGAUGGGGAUAAGGAAGAGAAAAAGGAUGACUCUGAGAAGGAAGCCAAAAAGAGUACCAAGAAGAGGAACAGGAAGCAGAGUGGUGAUGACAGUUUUGAUGAAGGCAGCGUGUCUGAGUCUGAAUCAGAGUCUGAAAGUGGCCACGCUGAUGAGGAGAAGGAGGAGACUGGAGAAGCACUCAAGGAGAAGGAAAAGCCCAAGGAGGAAGACAGGGAGAAGCCCAAAGAAGCUCCAGGGCUGGAGUGCAAGCCCCGGCCCCUGCAUAAGACUUGCUCUCUCUUCAUGCGCAACAUCGCACCCAAUAUCUCCCGGGCGGAGAUCAUAUCUCUUUGUAAAAGAUAUCCAGGCUUUAUGCGUGUAGCGCUGUCAGAGCCCCAGCCGGAGAGAAGGUUUUUUCGUCGUGGCUGGGUGACCUUUGACCGCAGUGUCAAUAUUAAAGAAAUCUGUUGGAACCUGCAGAAUAUCCGACUCCGGGAGUGUGAGCUGUGCCCUGGUGUGAACAGAGAUCUGACCCGUCGUGUCCGCAAUAUCAACGGCAUUACCCAGCACAAGCAGAUAGUGCGCAAUGAUAUCAAGCUGGCGGCCAAACUAAUCCACACACUGGAUGACAGGACCCAGCUUUGGGCCACGGAGCCUGGAACACCUCCUGUGUCAACUGCUCUGCCCUCUCAGAACCCAAUCUUGAAGAAUAUCACCGACUACCUGAUUGAAGAAGUGAGCGCUGAGGAGGAGGAGCUGCUCGGGAGUAGUGGGGGGCCCCCCCCUGAAGAGCCUCCCAAAGAAGGGAACCCGGCUGAGAUCAAUGUGGAAAGGGAUGAGAAGCUGAUCAAGGUUUUGGAUAAACUCCUCCUCUACUUGAGAAUAGUCCAUUCCCUGGACUAUUACAACACAUGCGAGUAUCCCAAUGAGGAUGAGAUGCCCAACCGUUGUGGCAUUAUCCAUGUUCGAGGACCCAUGCCACCCAAUCGCAUUAGUCACGGAGAAGUACUAGAAUGGCAGAAGACAUUUGAAGAGAAGCUGACUCCACUGCUGAGUGUGAGAGAGUCUCUUUCAGAGGAAGAAGCCCAGAAAAUGGGUCGCAAAGACCCGGAGCAGGAAGUGGAAAAAUUUGUCACCUCCAAUACCCAGGAACUGGGCAAGGAUAAGUGGCUUUGCCCUCUCAGUGGCAAGAAAUUCAAGGGCCCUGAAUUUGUACGCAAACACAUCUUCAACAAGCAUGCAGAGAAAAUUGAGGAAGUGAAGAAGGAGGUGUCUUUUUUUAACAAUUUCCUCACUGAUGCCAAGCGACCAGCUCUGCCGGAGAUCAAGCCAGCUCAGCCACCUGGUCCUGCCCAAAGCCUGACCCCAGGACUCCCCUACCCACACCAGACGCCCCAAGGCCUGAUUCCCUAUGGUCAGCCCCGGCCCCCCAUCUUAGGUUAUGGAGCUGGCGCCGUCCGUCCUGCAGUCCCCACAGGAGGACCACCAUAUCCCCAUGGCCCGUAUGGUGCUGGCCGAGGCAACUACGAUGCCUUUCGUGGCCAAGGAGGUUAUCCUGGGAAACCUCGAAACAGGAUGGUUCGUGGAGACCCAAGGGCCAUUGUGGAAUAUCGUGACCUGGAUGCCCCCGAUGAUGUUGAUUUCUUCUGAGCCAUCCACCUUUCCUUAUUCCUGGUAUCUAUCAUCUGUACUUAUGACUGCCUCAUCCCAUACAACUCUUGAGAAUUUUUUGUACGUUCAGCCCUAUUGCCAAUAAAAGCACUUCC